GUUCUAACAGCUGAAACCCAGUUUGACGUGAUUCUUUGUCACAUCGGUCAUUUAUCAUAUAAUCAGAAUUAAGCAGAUUGUAAUUGCUGAAACAUUACUGCUCUUUGAUUCUGCUGUGGCUAAUGGCACAUUUCAGUGUUCCUCAACUGGCCAAAGUUUUCCAUUCGUUCCGCACAAUCACGGAAAAAUAGUCUAUUGCAAUAUGUACAUAGUUGCUGUGAGUCUGUGGCGAAAUGCACUAGGUAUUAAGUAGGUAAGUUCUAAUGCAAACCGAUCAUUUCCUCCUGCUGCAGCUUCACACUCAAAUCAUUUACCCGGUUAAACACGAGCUGACAUUUAUUAUGAAGUAGUCUCAGGAAAUACGGUGUGUUUGUCAUUGAGAUUAACCUUCUGUCCUUCAGAAAAAUGUCUACAAAACAAGACAACGGUCAUUUUUUUGACAGCGGAUGAGUUUGAAAUAUAUCUGGCAAAAUAUCAAUAGGACAGUCAUGAGCAGUCACAGUGAGCUGUUUGAUGAAGAGCUGCUGGCGACAGGCUGAACACCAACUUCUCAGCAAGUUGCAUCUGGCAAGCAGGAAGUGUCUCUUUCCGCAAUAGAUGGCAACUAUGGAGCUGAGAUAACCUCUUCUGCUUUUCUUCACCAAUCACGGCUCUGGAUCUCGAAUAACCAUGGGAAUAUGGCGUGGUCUACGAGUGGCUUUUGUCCUGGGGUCUCUGUUUAUGAUCCUGCUGAUCAUUCUCUACUGGGACGAUGUCGGGGGCUUCACCUUCUACCCACUGCACAACCCCAAACACGAGGCACUUCACUCUGAGUCUUACCGCCAGGCGACAACAGGCCCUUCACACUCUGCGUCCACGAGCAGAUCUGAGACCAGCUCUUCCUUCGUUGUCCCCACUACUUCCUCCAGGACAACAAUGCACCCUGAAGAGACAGGAGGAGCAGCUGAGGAACAUACAGAGGAUGAGGGGAAGAACAAACAAGAACAGAGGAAGGAGAAACCAAAGCAGAAUGAGGAGACAGAGAGGAGUCAUACUGAUGUAGAUUUUAGCGAACAGGAGGCAAGGAAGAAGAGGCUCCUGGAUAUGUGUUCAGGAAAGGACGGAGUGGAAUUCACCGGAAGGACUCGGCCAUUUGAGCAGAUCCCCAACAGGGAGUUGGAUCAUCUGAUAGUGGAUGACACACACCAGAUUAUCUACUGCUAUGUUCCCAAGGUAGCGUGCACCAACUGGAAGAGAGUGAUGGUGGUUCUGUCUCAGUCUCUGAUCUCGCCCUCUUCAGGAAAACCUUACACUGACCCAGAGGCUGUACCUCCUGACCUCGUACAUAACUCCUCUCUCCACCUCACUUUUGCCAAGUUUUGGCGCCAUUAUGGUUCUCUGUCUCGCCACCUGAUGGCACUCAAGCUCCAGCAUUACACAAAGUUUCUGUUUGUACGAGACCCUUUUGUUCGUCUUAUCUCAGCCUACAGGAACAAGUUUGGAAGGCCCAAUGAGGACUUCUACAGGCAGUUUGGUUCUGUCAUGGUGCGUCGUUACGGUAAUGUGUCUGGCAGUUUGCCAGAGACAGCGGCUGAGGCGUAUGCAGCGGGAAUUAAACCAACAUUUCAGCAGUUUAUCACAUACCUUCUGGAUCCAGAGACCGAGAGGGAGAAUAUCUUCAACGAACACUGGCGGCAGGUCUACCGUCUAUGCCAUCCAUGCCAGGUGAAGUAUGACUUCAUUGGAAAAUUAGAAACCUUAGAAACAGACGCGGAGGAUCUGCUGAAGCUAAUGGAGGUGGAUCAUCUGCUACGCUUCCCUUCAGGGGCACGAAAUCGCACCGCAGCCAGCUGGGAAAGAGACUGGUUUACACAGAUUCCCAUUUCAAUGAGGAGAGAACUGUACAAGCUGUACGAACCAGACUUUAAGCUGUUUGGAUAUCCCAAACCUGACAGCGUGCUCCACCAGUAGACCACACCGAGCCAAAGGCCUGGGCACUGCACUGUGUGUAGAGCUCGCACAUGCCUUUGAAGGCCAUUCUAUGAUGCAGUUUGUUUCAUUUAUUUUGUGCAUACCUCAAAUGACAGAAGUGCCUGCCAGUAUUAUUUAAUUUGUUGUCAUCAUUGCAUAUCAUUGCUAUGUUGUCCCAGUCCCUACGUAAGGUACUUUGAAUAGUAUUUUGUGAAUACUAUUUUGGUCAAAGGGAAAGGACUGCGGUUAACUGUUGGCUGACAUUUCUGAAGGGAAAUAUGUUGCAGAGCAAUAAAGUUUUUUUGUAAUUAUU